ACCACGCACAGGGCUGGAUUUCCUCCGGACGGGUUUAAGAGCAGCACCCACGUGGCACGGUGUUGUGUUCCCCGGACAGCUGAUCAUCCACAUCUCUACCUGGACUACUGACACCGUCCUUCUUUAAUUCCCGGACAGGUAACACACACCGCAGACAGCCCGUCCAGAUGGCCAGCAGCGGCUCCGCGGCGGCAGAGGUGGUCCUCGGCUUUCUGGAGGAAGCGGAGCCGUGGCAGCUGCAGAGCUCGCAGUUCCCCAGUAAAGUCGGGGGGAGGCCGGCGUGGCUGAGCCAGAGGGACCUGCCCUCCCUGCCCGGGCUGGAGUGUGACAUCUGCCGCCUGCCUCUGGCCUUCCUCCUGCAGGUGUACGCACCAGUCUCUGGCCAGGACAGAAGCUUCCACAGAACGCUGUUUGUGUUCUGCUGCAAGACCCCAGACUGCUACACACACAACAACAGCCGCUGUAUGAAAGUAUUCCGAAGCCAGCUACCGAGGAAGAAUGAGUUCUACUCCUACAACCCUCCAUCAGAGGAUGAGCCACCCAGUGAUCCUGAACCCGACCCGAGUGUGUUGCCUGUCUCCGGGGUGAAGCUGUGUUGGGUGUGUGGUUGCCCCGGCAGCAAAGCCUGCUCCCGCUGCCACACCGUCACCUACUGUGGCAAGCACCACCAGGCCCUCCACUGGAAACACACACACAAGAGGGAGUGUGGCAGUCAAGCUUCCUCCACCGUCACUGCCUCUCCAUUUCUCUUCCCCGAGUCUGAGCUGGUCACUGAGCCCGAAGAGGAAGACGAGGAGGUGGAGGAGGAGGGAGGAGCGACGGAGGACAAAAGAGAGGAGGAGAGUGCUCAGAGAAGUCCAGACUGCCCUUCCCUAUCAGAAGCCCUGGCAGAGACAGACCUGGAGGAGAUGGCCAUGCACGAGACCGAGGACAACAAAGUGUUCCAGCGCUUUAAAAAGAGGAUCGCUCCAGAGCCGCACCAGGUGCUGCGUUACAGUCGGGGGGGCUCUCCCCUCUGGGUCUCCUCUCAACACGUCCCCUCUGACCACGAUAUCCCACCAUGCACCUGCGGCAGCAAGAGGACCUUUGAGUUCCAGGUGAUGCCUCAGCUGUUAAACAGUCUGUGUGUGGACUCAACAGGCACCAGCAUUGACUGGGGGACACUCGCUAUCUACACCUGUGCUGUGAGCUGUAACCAUGACAACCACUACUGCCCCGAGUUCAUCUGGAAGCAGGACUUCACUUCAGAGCAACACAUAUAGACAAAAACAUCCAUGGAGUUCAAGACACAGCAGUGAUUCAUGAACUAAUUCAGACUUCAAAGACUGUGCUGACUGCAGCAAUACUGUCUGAAUAAUCUUUAUUUUUUAUCUCUUGCUGCUCUUUGUAUAUUACUUUUUACCAAAUAAUUAAAAAGCUCUGAGUGGCAAGCAGUUGGGUGAAA